AUGCGUGCGAGUAUAAUCAUCGUGCUGGCUUUCGCCACCGGAUUGAUCGUGGCGACGUCCCAAAACCAUAAUUAUUCGCAUUUCGUGAAACAUCCUGCGAGACCGCGAGUAAUUCGAGGAUUCAUUCCUGAAUUCAUGUCCACGGCAUAUGGUUUCGGGAAAAGGCAAAGCACCGCUGACAUUUCCAAAAUGAAUAAACAUGAACGCAUUUUAUUCACGCUUCUACGGUACUUCCCACAGGGAAUACCGGUGGAAUGGUUACUUCAACAAAUGAAAACAAAUCCAGCGUUCGCUGCGAAGGUGACACAAUUACUACUGGAUGGACGUCCAAUGAUAGAUCGUUAUAAUCCUGAAAGAACAACUUGGCUAUCCUAA